ACUUCAUAUAUUUAUAGUUAAAUGCAAAUUACCUAUUAGUAUAAGGAAGUUCUUAAGUUUAGUUUACUUACUACAGGUGCUCGGGUAACACGAAAUAUUCUGGAAGAUGGAGAAGUUUGCAACCACAGCUUUUAUAAUUGCGGUGGCUCACCUGGUCUUGGGCCUGCUACUGUGGUUUCGGGUCCGCAAGCUAUAUUCUUAUCCUGGUCUUCUGGGGUUCCCUGUUUUCGGAAACCUCUACUAUUUCUACAGAACUCUCUUCUUAGUUACCAUGGAUAGUAUGGAAAAAUACAUGAUCAGAAUUUCUGAAACAUAUGGAAAAGAUGGAUUAUGCUUUCAUUGGAUUUAUGGAUUCAGGACUUUGGUGACUGUGACAAAUCCUCAUAUUGUUAAGGAAAUAGGAUUUCAUCCAAAUGUGACUCACAAACCAAAUUUCAUAUUCUCAGCAUUUCAUUCGUACUUCAGUGGACCUUUUGUUUCCUCCCGCUCGGAUGAUUUAUGGAAGAUACAAAGAAAGGAAUACGAUACAUUUUUGAAGAAAUCGAGAGUGGAAAGUGAACACAGCAAUACUUUCAGCAAAUACGCCGAUCAGAUGAUUGAGUUGAUGUUGGCCUCACCUUCGGCUGAUAUUUUACGUGCAGUAACAUUAGAGUUUACACAUAACUCUACCAUGGAAACACUGUUUGGUGUUGAUAGCAGUAUAGUAUAUAAUCCUCAAGUCAUCGGUUUUAUGUCUGUAAUCCCAGUCUUGGGAACACUCUCAGUGGCAAAUCCAAAAUUAGCAGGAACAAUUUUUGGAAUUUUUAAGAAAAUGGAAUCUUUCUUCUUAAGAACAAUAGAGAAAACGCGAAGAUUGAUUUUGGAAGAUAUAUAUUCCAAGAUUUUGACCUCGAGUCCAGUUGCCGCAAACAAGAAAGCACUCCUAUCAAGGCAGAUCACUUCGAGAAUGAGAAAAUGCAACGAAGAUGAAGAUAAACUAAUCAACGAGCUGAUGGAAUUAUUUGUUACAAGUUCGGGUACUACUCACGCUUUAUUAUCAAGCUCUUUAAUAUUUUUAGCACUUUUACCAGAUAUUCAAGAAAGAGCUUGGCAGGAACAAUAUGAAAUAUUUGACAAUGAUAAAAGAGAUGCAACUUUCGAUGACUUAAGCCAGAUGCGAUUCCUUGAUAGGUUCAUAAAAGAGGCUCUGAGAUUUGUCGCUCCUCCGUUUUAUUUCAAGUCAGUCACUGGAGACACAACUAUAAGAAUGCAUUACACAACAACACUAAUGAAAGUAGCACUGUCUAAAAUAAUAAGACGAUUGAAACUUCGACCAGUUCAAAAAGAUUUCAGAUUCGAAGAUAUCCAAUUUGAAACUUUCAUCAUGAGAGAAUUGGCAAACCCUCCAGUUCUGCAAGUUGAACAACGAGAAUAAUUUUAAAUUAUAAAAAUUUUAA